AUGGCCCUCGGCGACAGUAUCCUGGCGCUAGGUGCAUUCACCCUUGCCGAGGCGUAUUUCCUCCAACGGGCUGUUUUCAUUGACAGCACCUAUCAAAAAAUCAGUCUCAUCGCACUGACAGUAAACAUCCUCCUAAAAGCCUUUUAUGGCAUAAUAAUAUGGCCAUUCUUACUUAACCCAUUGAGACAUCUACCAAAGGUUCAGAGCUCGCAUGUAGAACUCAUCUUCGACUCGCCUCGAGGAACAAAACCCCUCCAAUGGAUGAAAACCGUUCCAAAUGAAGGACUCCUUCACAUGCGUGACACGUUCAAUCAAAGUAAUGUGAUCCCAACCAACCACCAGGCCCUAUUAGAUGUGAUGAGCACGAACACAUAUGACUUUGAGAAGCCAUGGCACCUGCGCAACUUCCUCGCCCGGAUCAUUGGCUUUGGAAUGAUUACCUCAGAAGGUGCAGCUCACAAGAGGCAGCGCAAAGCGCUUACGCCCGCGUUCAAUAUCAAAAAUAUUCGCUCCAUGUAUUCUCUCAUGUGGAGCAAGACGGGACAGCUGCUGGACGAAUUAGAAAAAGAGAUAAAGAUAGAUCCCAUGGAUGGAACGAGUCCAGAGGACCAGGAGGGUAAGAUUGAGAUGGCCGAGUGGGCGAGUCGCCUCACACUUGACAUAAUCGGUCCUAUAGCAAUGGGACGUGACUUUGGCUCACUGAACAACAAGAGAAACAAGGUGGCUGAUAGCUUCGCGAAGAUCCUCGAACCGACUAAGGAGAAAAUGGCGUUCCUGGUGAUGAACCACAUACUGCCACAGUGGAUUGCAAGACGUGUACCGUGGCGGAUCAACGACAUACUGGAUACCGAAACGGGAUAUCUACGUCGUACUUGCGAUGAGAUCGUGCGAGAAAAGAGAGCCGCUCUUGCUGGAUCAAAGGUUUCUGCUCAGGAUCUUGAAGCUGAUAUUCUGGGGACGAUGAUGCUUGGUGGGGAUUUAUCGGAUACAGAGUUGGUCGAUCAGAUGUUGACAUUUUUAGCUGCUGGACAUGAAACCACCGCCAGUGCCUUGACCUGGGCCUGUUAUCUCCUCCAUCUUCACCCGGAAUACCAAACUCGUCUCCGUGAUGAAAUCCGCACCAAAAUUCCAUCAGGCAACAGUCCAAUAACCUACCAAGACCUUGAAUCACUUCCUUUACUAAAUGGGGUCUGUCAAGAAGUCCUCCGUCUAUACCCAACGGUCCCAACAACACUCCGCGAAGCAGUCCGCAACACUGUCGUCGCAGGGAAGUAUAUCCCGAAGGGGACACGGAUAAUUUUGUGUCCGUGGGCAAUCAACCGCAGUCCACUUUUCUGGGGCGAAAAUGGGGAAGAAUUCCUGCCUGAGCGAUGGAUUGACACGGACAAGAACGGACACUCUACCCCGAACAAUAAUGGUGGGGCAACGACGAAUUUCGCACAGAUUACAUUCCUGCAUGGGCAGAGAUCUUGCAUUGGGAAGGACUUUGCGCGUGCGGAGCUGCGGUGUGCGAUUGCUGGUGUCGUUGGGCGUUUUGCGUUUGAGAUGCAGGACCCCAAGCAGGUGAUUCAUGUUGCUGGGGCUGUUACUAUUAAGCCAGUUGAGGGGAUGCAUUUGAGGAUGCGAAGGGUUGAUGGGUGGUAG